AUGCCAACAGAGGAAUCGCGCUCAAAUGCAACGGCGGAAGCCCGCGCAGCAUUCACUGCCUCCCUGACAUCGGUUGGCACCAACCUGGAUGCCGACCUGCGUACUCGAGCAGGAACACUCCAUGACAACGCCGCGGUCAUAGAGAAGCAGCAAGAAGACUUGAAGCGGACGACCCAGGAGGUUUCCAAGCAGAGUAAAGAGCUGGAGAAACUGCUGGACCAGGGCCAGACUGGCCUAAAGGAAGUUGGCGAUUUGCAGAAUUUUGCAGAGGUGAUGGAGAGAGAUCUGCUGGUCCUUGAGGAGACGCUGAGGUUGGCUGAAGAGGAGGAUCAGAGAGAAGGAAGAGUCGAGAAGCCGGCGCAGGGCUGGCUGAAGAAGUGGUUUUAA